UUGUAGCUGUUUUUCUCUACAUUUUUCAUCUAAAUGUAAAUGCUUACAUUCUUGCUUGUGUCAAACGGCCAUGUUUGCAACUGCAAGUUGGUGUCCUCCAUCCUGUCCACCCUUUCUCUUCCCCGCAUCUCCGUUCUGGCCCCUGACCCCUCUCUCUCUCCAUCUCCACCGUCUCCCCCUCCCUCUCAGCAUUCUGAAGCUCAGUGUGGCACCUGCCCGUCCUCUGGUUCUGCCCCACAGACUAACAGCGUUUGGCCCAGUCUGCCGGCAUCUGGAACUGGGUUCCCUGCAUGGCCUGGACAGCCUAGCCAGCCUGCACCAUGCUGGACUGGCCAGCCAAAUACACCCUGCUGGUCUGGGACACAACCCGUUCCGUACUCUGUACCCGCACCGAUUUCAUUUCCAGCCCCGGCUCAAACUGUAACACAAGCUGCUGCGCCUGCCAUAGCCCCAGCUCCAGCUCCAGCUCAAGUUCCAGCUCUGGCUCCAGCUUCGGUGCAGCCCUGCCAGCCCUGCUGGCCAGGCACCCAGUACCAGCCUCCCCAGCCACCAGCUCAGUACUUGCUUCCACAGCCACCAGCUCAGUACCAGCCUCCCCAGCCACCAGCUCCAAUUCAAACUCAAGUCCCUGCUCAAGUUCCAGCUCCAACUCCAGCCCCAGUCCCAGCACCUCCUCCUGCCACGGGCAUACAUCCAAAUGUACCAGGGUGGCCUGCCCACCCCGGUUGGCCUUAUAACCCAGGACAGUCAGGAUGGCCUGGACAGAGUCCAUCUAUCAUGCCUCCACACUGGCUUCCACCCACAUCUGGACCUCUUAGUGUGCCAUACAACUUGAACCUGGCCCGGGGGGUCUAUGACAAGAUGAUGAUGACCAUCUUGGGCCAUGUCAAACCAAAUGCUAAAAUGUUCACAGUGAACUUUCUGAGAGGCAACGACAUCGCCUUUCACAUCAACCCCCGCUUCUGCGAGGGUGGCAAACAGGUGCUGGUCCGUAACCACAAACUGGGUGAACGCUGGGGCUCAGAGGAGAGGGACCUGAAGGGACCCUUCCCCUUCGCUCUCGGGAGCCCAUUUGAGAUGAAGAUCCUGUGCACUCAUGAGGCAUUCAGGGUGGCAGUGAACAACAUCCCGCUGUUUGAGUUUCGACACCGCAUCAUAGAGCUCAACCGGAUUGACAGAAUCAACAUCCUGCAUGAUGUCGUCCUCACCUUUGUCAAUGUGGAAACACUUCCAUAGGAGACACACUGUAACUCAUACAGUAAAUUAAUUAACACAUGACAAGGAUGCGUACAUGCGGAUGAGCAAAAACAUAUACACACACUACAUAUGGCAGGAACUAAAAUGUUCCAAUUUAUUUAUCAUGAUGCUUAAAGAUCAAACAAAUAAGAGUGUUAGUAUGUGAUGUAAUAUUAAUAUUGACAUGAGCUGAGCUCAUCCUAUAAUAUGCUUCAAUAAGUUCACUUCCUCUACCACAAAGCUAACAUUUAAUACACAUAAAGCUUUCUUUUUCAGCACAAAUAUGCUACUGCUACUGUAUUUAUUGUGUACAAUAUUUGAUCAAAUUGCUACUAACUGAGAAUUAUAUGUACUGCCAACUAUGAGGGUUCUGUUAACUGUAGUGAUUCCUAAAUAAAAUGAUGAGUCAGAAA